CAUACACAUUUAGUGGACACAUGACAGGCCUGCCGGCUAUUAUUGCCCUAUCGCAGCUGUAAUCAUGUUUGUAGCCCGUAGUAUCUCAGCAGAUCAUAAAGAUCUCAUUCACGAUGUAUCGUAUGAUUUCCACGGCCGGAGAAUGGCAACCUGCUCCAGUGACCAAAGUGUGAAGGUUUGGGACAAAAGUGAGAAUGGAGAGUGGCACUGUACAGCCAGCUGGAAGACACACAGUGGAUCAGUGUGGAGAGUGACCUGGGCUCAUCCAGAAUUUGGGCAGGUUCUAGCUUCAUGCUCCUUUGACAGAACAGCUGCUGUCUGGGAGGAGAUUGUCGGAGAGUCAAAUGACAAACAGAGAGGACUGAGCCACUGGAUAAAAAGAACCACACUGGUGGACAGUAGAACUUCAGUGACUGAUGUGAAGUUUGCCCCUAAACACAUGGGCCUGAUGUUGACCACCUGCUCUGCGGAUGGAGUGGUGAGGAUCUAUGAGGCUCCUGAUGUCAUGAACCUGAGUCAGUGGUCCCUGCAGCACGAGAUCUCCUGCAAGCUCAGCUGCAGCUGUAUCUCUUGGAAUCCCUCCAGCUCUCGUGCCCACCCACCUAUGUUUGCAGUGGGGAGUGACGACAGCAACGUAACGUACGGUGGGAAAGUUCAGAUCUACGAGUACAAUGAAAACACAAGGAAAUAUGCUAAAGCGGAGACCCUGAUGACUGUCACAGAUGCGGUACAUGACAUUGCGUUCGCUCCAAACCUGGGGAGAUCAUUCCACGUCCUCGCCAUAGCAACAAAAGAUGUCAGAAUCUUUAAGCUUGUUCCUAUGAGGAAGGAGAGCACCUCUACGGGACCCACCAAGUUUGAAGUGCAGAUCGUGGCUCAGUUUGACAACCAUAAUUCCCAGGUGUGGCGUGUGAGCUGGAACAUCACCAGCACCCUGCUGGCCUCCUCCGGGGAUGACGGCUGUGUGCGCCUCUGGAAAGCUAACUACAUGGACAACUGGAAGUGCACGGGCAUCCUGAAAGGAGACGGCAGCCCACUCACCGGCACGUCCGGUCAGCCCACGGCCAUGAGCAUGGUGGUGGGCUCCUCCGUUCAGACCUCCCAGAACGCCCUGAACGGGAUGUCCGCUGGAAGGUAUUUCUUUCCGCCUCUGGAUCCUCCCAGAGAAGGGACCAGGUAUGGUCACCUGCUGCCUCCCUCCUCCCUCAUAGAGCACUGUGAUGCUGAGCCCGUUCAGUCUCAGCAACUGGCUCUUCCCUACAGAUACUCCUCUAGAGCACUUGUGCCCUUACCUGAGGCUGAAGGGCAGUAGUUGUUUGUUGGGUGUUUUAAC